UCAAAACGUGGCAUCAAAUGGAGUGGCGUCUGAGUCAUCAAAAUAUGCUGGUUAUCCCACAGCACAUUUUGCCAUUGAUGGAAAAAAAAUGCCAGAGUGCUCCCACAGUGCUCAUGAAGCCAGCCCCUGGUGGAGCGUAGACCUGCUGGAUGUCCACAGAGUGACCACAGUCAACAUCACCAGUAGAGUAGACUGCUGUCCUGAUCGGAUGAAUGGUGCUGAGAUCCACAUCGGUAACUCCCUGGAGAACAACGGUACCAUCAACUCCAGAUGUGGUGUCAUCUACCACAACCUAGGUGGAGAGACCCACACCUUCCAGUGUAAUGAGACGGAGGGUCGCUACAUCACUGUGGUCAUCCCUGGACCGAACAAGUUUCUCAUUCUGUGUGAAGUGGAAGUUUAUGGCAUUCGUGCAGACACAACCAGCCCUGUCCCCUCCACUCCUCCUCCCUCCACCAGUGCUUCCAAAAACCCUGCAGCAACUCCUCCAACAUCCUCUUCCCUCUCUUCUUCAACCUCCACUCCCUUGUCCACCACUCCCCCUCCUACCCAUCCUUCUCCUCCUCCUUCUGGCAGUUUCCUGAUUAGAGGGAGGAAUGUGACGGUGGUGAUCAAGAGGCUGUGUUGGUCUGACGCUCUAUUCUACUGCAGAGACCAUUACUGGGACCUGCUUAGUGUGCGUAGUGAGGAUGAGCAGAGGGAGGUGGAGGAUUUGCUGGGGGGCAGUCGCGUCCCCCCCCUCACCCCACACCUGUGGCUGGGCCUGCGCAGGUCCCUCAUGGCAGACAGGUGGUACUGGAUGACCGGGGACCACAUGGACUUCAGCCACUGGGAGAGAUGGGCCGCCCCUAAGCAGCACUCCAGUCCCUGUGGAGCGCUAGCCAGUGGAGGGGGCUUCUUCUGGAGGGACCGGACGUGCCAUGAACACCUCAACUUCCUCUGCUACAUAGGUGAUGACGGUGCUGAGCAAGGGGUGAAAAGAGUGGAUUUCUACAGCACCUACAGAGACAAAAAGCCAUAG